AUGGCCAAAAACAAAAAGCAACCGAUCAACACCUUAAGUGAGGCACCGUCUAGUUCUGAUAACGUUUACAAGCUAAAAAAUGACUGGUUUCAAGAGAGCAUGGCCCGUGAACACUAUAAAUAUUGUUAUGCCGCUUUAAAGGUCCUAAAACGUCACCCGUCAGUUUUCCCUUUUCUCGAACCCGUCGAUCCAGUAAAAUAUGGCAUCCCUGACUACUAUGAUAUCGUCAAGAAGCCCAUGGAUCUAGGUACUGUAGAGCGAAAGCUUACUAAUCUCGAGUACUCAAGUGUAAACGAUUUCGCGAACGACGUCAGACUUGUGUUUAGUAAUUGCAUCUUGUAUAACGGCGUUUCGCAUCAAUAUUCGACAUUCGCCAAAGAACUCAAUAAUUUGUUUAGUCAGCAGCUUAGUAAGAUGCCCGGAGUUGUGGAAGAGCAAGGUCUAAAAGCAGAGUCCUCGAAACUUGCAUCCAAGACAUGUAAAACUCCAACUGAACAAAUGUUCGAAGCUACCGAGAGACCAAAGAGAACGAUCAGGCCUACAUCAAAGGAGCUACCCGAUUCUACUUCUAUUAGACGCAAAAAGAGUAAAUCGAACAUCGAACUGAAUUAUUGUCGUGAAACUUUACGGGAGUUACGAAAGAAGGUGCACUGGCCAUAUGCCUAUCCAUUUUAUGAACCUGUUGAUCCAGAAAAACUGGGAAUCCCGGAUUACUUUAAGAUCAUAUCACGUCCCAUGGACAUGUCUACAAUUAAUUCGAAAUUAGAAAAUGAUCAAUAUUCAAAUGCUGAUGAGUUUGAAGCAGAUAUUCGUUUAAUGUUCCAGAACUGCUAUGUUUACAACGGUCCUAAUAGUGAGGUUGGAAACAUGGGUAAAAUGCUUGAAGCUGUCUUUGAUAAGAAAUGGGCGGCAAAACCUACACUGGACUCAAGUUUACUGCAAAAAUCAAAGAAGGCAAAAUCAUCUCGCUCAAAAACAGCGGUUGACGAUUCUUCAGAUACCAGUGAGUUUUCAAGUGAUGAAAGCGACAGUCAAGAAAAAUGGAGGAGGGGAUUGGAAGAACAUUUGAAAGCCAUACAAGAGGAGAUUGAAAUGUUCAAAAAGAGUAAAUCUUCUAAAUCAAGGAAGGUUCUGAAACAUGAAAUGGCCAAACUUUCUAGUAAGAUUCAUGGAAAGUCAGUAUCAGUUGGUAAAUUAAAACCUCUGAAACGUCCCCGCUCACCAAAGUCAAAAGCUCGAAAAAAAAAACUAACACAACAUCAGAAGAAGAUUCUUUCUGAAAAGAUUAUUAUGCUUUCAAAAGAAUCCAUGGCACAUAUCAUUAAUUUGGUAAGGGAAAGAAACGCACCGAUAGAGGAGGAUGAUCAAGGCGAGGUGUCUUUCGAAAUCGAUGAUCUCGAUCCUCAGUUGGCCAGGGAGAUUUAUGAUUAUACAAUGAGUAAUCUUCCUAAAGAAGUCAAAGGAAAGAAAGGAAAACCGCCUGCUAAAAGACUUCGCACAAAUUCUGCUAGUCAAUCAAAUGAAGAACAGAUCAAGGCCUUGGAAAAUGCGUUAGUAAAAUUUGAUCAAAAACUUAUGUCACCGACCGCUGAAAUUUCAAACGGAAAUCGCGAUAAUUCAAAUGGUAGUUCUUCUGGCAGUCAUAGUUCGAGUGACGACUCUUCCUCUGACAGUCAAAGUUCAGAUUCAUCUGGAUCGGAUUCAGAGGGUUCAAGUAGCGAUACAUCUUAG